UCAGAAUCAGAAUCUUAUUUCGGUUCGUGCAUGUUACCGCCGUGUUUACAACAUAAAGUUUUAGGCUAAAUACACGUGAAUUAGAUUAUUCAAAAUGAGUUCAGAUUUCAAUGUUAAAAGGCCAGGCUUAGAACUGUUAUCAAGCCAAGGACUACGUCUUGACGGCCGUAGACCCAAUGAACUUCGUCGCAUACAGUGUAAACUUGGUGUUUUUACUCAACCUGAUGGAAGUGCGUAUAUUGAGCAAGGAAAUACUAAAGUAUUAGCUGCAGUUUAUGGGCCUCAUCAGGCUGCAAAAUCAAAAUCGUUACAAGACUCUGUAGUAAUAAACUGCCAGUACAGCAUGGCCACAUUCUCUACAGGCGAGAGAAAGAAGCGACCGCGUGGAGGUCGCAAAUCGGAGGCGAUAUCUAUGCAGCUCACCCAGGCGAUCACGACUGCUAUCAAGAAGGAGUUGUACCCUCGUUCGCAGAUCGAUGUCUACCUUGAAGUUUUGCAGGCGGACGGCGGCGCAUACUCGGCGAGUGUGAACGCAGCGACACUCGCGUUGAUCGACGCUGGUAUUCCAAUGAAGGCUUACCUCUGCAGUUGCACAGCGUCCAUAGCGUGGAAGGAUGGCAAGCCGGAGCCUUUGGUAGAUGUCAGUCAUGUUGAGGAGUCUGCCGGAGGUUCCGUUCUUACAGUAUCCAGUUUGCCCAGUAUAAAUAGCGUAGCGUGGGUAGACAUGUCUCAGAGACUCCACGCGGAUUAUUUGAGCGUCGUCAUGAAGCGGGCCAUGCAGGGUUGUAGAGAUAUUGAGGUAAUUUUGGAUAAGGCAGUGAGAGAACACUUAGGCGAGAGUUGGACCAUGUCAGAUGAUGCUGUUGCUAUAUAAAAUAAACGUUAUUUAUACA